AUGAUCAUCAACCACAAUGUGGUCAAUGAAGAGAGGAGGAAACCACUGAUCGAUCUGUGCAAGACGCGAUGGGCUGAGCGGCAUUCGGCUUAUCAGCACUUCUACCAAGGGUACGUAGUUGUGGUUGAAGCUCUAGAGGUGAUAGCUUUCCGCUAUCACUUGGAGAAAUAUGAGGCUACGUAUGCUGACUGGGACUAUGCAAGCCGCAAUGAAGCACAGCAGAUUCUGGCCAUUGUUACUUCCUUUCAGUUUGUUGUUGUGUUUGUGACGAUAUAUCAGUACUUAUCACGCCUUUCGGGCAUUACCGUAAAGCUGCAGAGCAAAGCUGUUGACAUGGUGAAAGCGCAUAACAUGAUAUCUGAAAUUGUGAGGACCUACAACAGCGAGCGCGCAAACGUUGAAAGAAGCUUUUCUCAAAUCUACAAAGUUAGUUCAGACAUGGCAAAAAAGAUUGAAAGUACAAUUGCAAUGCCUCGCAAUGCAGCAAGGCAACAAGGCAACAAAAUCGCAGCACUAUUCCAGCUGCUUCUGUUCAAGAGUAUUUCCAGAGAAAUGUUGCAAUUCCCUUUUCUUGAUCAUAUUAUUAUUAGCAUCAACCGGCAGCUCUCAAAGUCGGCAGUCACAGCCAUUUCCCUACUUGGUCUUGUACCAAGUAUCAUAUGUUCGCAAGAUGUCAACCUGGAGGAGGCGCUGAUCAAGAACAGAGAUGGUCUGCCAUCGCUUGAAUUGAUGGACGCGGAACUCAAGCGCUGGAGGAACAGGUAUAUGGCGAUGCUCCCCGAGAAGAGACCGUACUCACCAGCAAAAGCCAUCAAAGAAUGUGACGCCACUGACUUCCCAAACAUCUCAGUUCUUUUGACCAUCGCUUGUACCAUACCUGUCACCUCGUGUGAAUGUGAGAGAAGCGCCAGUGCUUUACGACGCCUAAACAACUAUAUGCACGCAUCCAUGGGUGAGGACAGAUUGUCUCACCUUGCUUUCCUUCACAUCCACUAUGAUGUACCAAUAGAUCUUGACAACGUAGUCGAUUAUUAUGCUCGCCUUCACCCUCGCAGACUCGAACUUGACUCGGUACUGUUACACUAA